UAACAGAGCUUUUAGAAGUUGGAGAGAGAGAACACUGCCUUGAUUCUCCGAAGCCAAACAACGGUUAAAUUUCCAUUUUACUCCUUGCCCCCUUCGACUCAGAGAGAGAGAGAGAGAGAGAGGGAGAGAGAGAGAGAGAGAGAGGGAGAAAGAGAGAGAGAGAGAGGGAGAAAGAGAGAGAAUCUCAAUCUGUAUUGUGUUUGGACUUGUAAUGGUUGAAUCUGAAUCCGACAUUUUUGAUGAAACAAACAAUCUUGGAGACGAUCGCUUUCAUUCUCGGAUGAAGGAGGGCGAGAGAGACGAUGAACAACGGUGGCGAUGGUAGUAGCGGAGGAGGAGGAGGAGGCCUCACGGCGCCACCGCAGCCUCUCGAGUGGAAAUUCUCACAGGUGUUUGGUGAACGUACGGCAGGAGAGGAAGUUCAGGAAGUUGAUAUCAUAUCUGCCAUUGAGUUUGAUAAAACUGGGGACCAUCUUGCUACUGGUGAUCGUGGGGGAAGGGUUGUAUUAUUUGAAAGGACUGAUACAAAGAAGAAUGCUGGAAAUCAAAGAGAGUUAGAGAGGAUGGACUAUCAAGUUAGUCGGCAUCCAGAGUUUCGGUACAAGACAGAAUUUCAAAGCCAUGAACCUGAGUUUGAUUAUCUCAAGAGUUUGGAGAUUGAGGAGAAAAUUAACAAGAUUCGGUGGUGCCAGACAGCUAAUGGUGCCCUUUUUCUUUUGUCCACCAAUGAUAAAACUAUAAAGUUUUGGAAGGUACAAGAGAAGAAAAUCAAGAAAAUAUGUAAUAUGAACAUUGAUCCUUCCAGAGCUGUUGGAAAUGGCAGUGUUGCUAGUUCAAGUAUUUCUUCAAAUCCAAAAUUGUGUCUUGCAAAUGGUGGUUGCACUGAUAAAUUAUACAACAAUUUGAAUGCGCUUCGUUUACCUACGGUUACAAGCCAUGAAUCCAGCCUUGCAGCAAGAUGUAGAAGAGUUUAUGCCCAUGCCCAUGACUAUCACAUCAAUUCCAUUUCAAGUAACAGCGAUGGCGAAACAUUUAUAUCAGCUGAUGAUCUCCGAAUAAAUCUUUGGAACUUGGAAAUAAGUAACCAAAGUUUCAACAUUGUUGAUGUGAAGCCAACAAAUAUGGAAGAGCUAACAGAGGUUAUCACUUCAGCCGAGUUUCAUCCAAUCCAUUGUAACAUGUUAGCAUAUAGUAGUUCCAAAGGAUCAAUUCGUCUCAUUGAUUUACGACAAUCAGCAUUGUGUGACUCACAUUCUAAAUUGUUUGAGGAACAUGAGGCACCUGGUUCAAGAUCUUUCUUCACUGAGAUAAUUGCUUCACUUUCUGAUAUUAAAUUUGCAAAGGAUGGAAGAUAUAUACUUAGUCGUGAUUACAUGACUCUCAAGUUAUGGGACAUAAAUAUGGAUUCUGGUCCUGUUUCAACCUUCCAGGUUCAUGAGUAUCUAAGACCGAAGCUAUGUGAUUUAUAUGAGAAUGAUUCCAUCUUUGAUAAAUUUGAGUGUUGCUUAAGUGGUGAUGGCCUACGAGUAGCUACAGGAUCCUAUAGUAAUCUGUUUCGUGUGUUUGGUUGUGCUGCUGGAAGCACCGAGGCAACUACACUGGAAGCUAGUAAAAAUCCCAUGAGGAGACAAGCUCAGACGACCCCUUCAAGGCCUUCCAGAUCCCUAAGCAGUAUAACUCGUGUUGUCAGGCGAGGAGCAGAAAGCCCAGUUGUAGAUGCAAAUGGGAACUCAUUUGACUUCACAACGAAAUUGCUCCAUUUGGCUUGGCAUCCAACUGAAAAUUCAAUUGCUUGCGCUGCUGCAAACAGCCUGUACAUGUAUUAUGCGUAAGUUGCACAGGAAGAGAUACAUUUCUUGGUUAGCUUUUUUUGUGGUUGCGUUUUGAGAAGGGCCAUAUUUUGCUACAAUUUGAUGCAUUACUGCACACUUCCGAGUGUUCCUCACUGAUGCGAAGCACAUGCUCUCAAGUUUCCAGUUCAGAAGUGACUGAAGAAUUAAUGACAAAGCAAUGCUAUUGAUCAUACUAGUCUCCUUUCCCCCCCCCCUUACUGUCUUAUGCUUCACUCUCUCUCCCUUUUAAUUUUUUUCCUUUUACGGUCCUCGACCAAAAGUUGCAACUCUUCUUACUGUGCUGUGAUUGGAGUUGGGAAAAAAUGUCAAUUGUAGCUCUCCUACAAGAAAAAGAAGAAGAAAACAGAAGAAUGUGCAGAAUUGCCACUAGUUUAGUUUAUGUAGAUCUUGAUGGGAAGGAGCUGCUGCUAACAUGCAGGGCAUUAUGCUUGACUUUGGGAUAGCAUUAAAUUUUUUGUAGGAUAAUUUUAGUGUGCUUUUAUUAUAGAUUAUCAACUAAAGUAAUUUUUUUUUUACUGUUUUUUGUAAAAGAAAUUACAAGUGCUCUGGCAUUCAGUUACCUGUACUUCUUCUGCAUGCUCAUUGGUAAAGAAAAGAUGUUAGUGGUGAAUUUUUCUUUA